ACCUCGUAUUCGUUUCCGUCUUUAAUUUCUUAGUAAACUUUAAGGUUUGCAUUGUGAAGAUCAAGAUAUUUGAUCUCUUCAUAGCACGCAUCCUCAGAGAGUUAUCAUGGACACCGAGUGGAGCUCUUCAUGGGACAUGGAUGACGAGUAUGAGAAAUUUAUUCGAAGGAUGAAUCCACCCAGGGUUGUAAUUGAUAAUGGAGCUUGCAAUAAUGCAACGGUUAUUCGGGUGGACAGUGCAAACAAACAUGGAAUACUUUUGGAGGUUGUACAGGUUCUUACGGAUCUGAACCUUAUCAUAACUAAAGCUUACAUCUCCUCUGAUGGAGGAUGGUUCAUGGACGUUUUUAAUGUUAGAGAUCGGGAAGGGAACAAGCUUAUUGAUGAAGGGAUUCUGGAUUAUAUUCGUAAGUCUCUUGGAGCAGAUUCCUGUUUUGUUCCCACGUUGAGAAGAUCCGUAGGGGUGGAAGCAUCGACGGAUUACACAUCUAUUGAACUUACUGGCACUGAUAGACCGGGGCUACUCUCAGAGGUUUGUGCUGUCCUCACUGACCUGAAAUCCAGUGUGGUAAAUGCUGAGGUAUGGACCCAUAACACCCGGGCUGCAGCGGUGAUGCACGUAACUGAUGAGGCGACUGGUUCUGCAAUCUCUGAUCCACAGAGGUUGUCUAAGAUUAAACAACUUCUUUGCAAUGUACUCAAGGGUAACAACAAGGCCAGGGGAGCUAAGACUGUUGUUUCUCUUGGGAGCACUCACACUGAGAGAAGGCUUCACCAGAUGAUGUUUGCUGAUAGGGACUAUGAACGAUCACAUGAUGAUUCCCCAUCAGUAGAUGAGACACUUAGACCUAAUGUGACGGUUGUUAAUUGGUAUGACAAGGACUAUUCGGUGGUCACAAUUCGAUGCAAGGAUAGGCCUAAGCUCCUGUUUGACACGGUUUGCACUUUGACAGACAUGGAAUAUGUGGUUUUUCAUGCUAAUAUUGAUGCAGAAGGACCUGAAGCUUAUCAGGAGUACUAUAUCCGGCAUAUAGAUGGGUCUCCCGUCAAUUCAGAAGCAGAACGGCAAAGAGUAAUCCAAUGUCUUGAAGCAGCUAUAGAGAGAAGAGUAUCUGAGGGGUUGAAGCUAGAAUUGUGUACAACUGACAGAGUUGGGUUGCUAUCUGAUGUCACUCGCAUCUUCCGUGAGAACAGCUUAUCGGUCACCAGGGCCGAGGUGACAACCAGAGCAGGGAAAGCCCUCAACACCUUUUAUGUUCGUGAUGCAGCUGGAAAUCCUGUUGAUGCCAAGACAAUCGAAUCCAUCCGCGAGGCAAUUGGGCAGGCAAUUCUUCAAGUGAAAGGCAACUCUGAGAAUUUGAAAUCACCACCUCAGGAGUCCCCAACCAGGUUCCUCUUUGGUGGUCUCUUCAAGUCCAGGUCUUUUUGCAAUUUUGGUCCGGUUAGAUCCUACUCUUGAGUCUUGAGGUGGUGAUUUGAAGUUCCCAGAAUUGAUACUAGUUGCUUAGCUGCAACUAUUUAAAUACAACCAACCCAUUCCACAGCAAGUUCCA